AUGCGCACACCGCGGCCAAGGCGACGAGUAGCCAUUGCUGCCACCAUCCUCCUCCUCACCGGUGCUGGUGCAUUUGCAUUCAGCGACAGGAUUCGGUAUGCCUACAUCGCCCUCGAGCGGAGCGCAAGGGUCGUCUACGUCCUGGCAUUCAACAUCAAUGACUACUAUUGGAUAUUGAGGAAGCCUGGUGACGACCCGGAGAUGAAUGCUAAGCUUUCCGCCACGCAUAAGAGAUGCGCUGAACGGACAUUAGACGCCAUGGAGCGCAACGGGAGUGUCUUCAUCAAGCUGGGACAGCAUCUUACGAGCCUGAAUUACAUACUGCCAAACGAAUGGUGUGAUACCUUCAUUCCGCUGCAGGACAAAUGUCCGAUCAGCAGCUACUCUGCCAUAGACGCCAUGGUGAGACAAGACACCGGGAUGGGUCUGGAAGACUACUUCAGCGACUUCGAUCCACGACCGAUCGGAGCCGCAUCUCUCGCACAAGUACACAUUGCCACCCUGAAAGCCACCGGCGAGAAGGUCGCGGUCAAGGUGCAGCAUCCUCACCUCGACGAGUGGUCCAAACUUGACAUUGCUCUUACAAACUUCACCUUCGGAACGAUCAAAUGGUGGUUUCCAAGCUAUGACAUCACAUGGCUCGGCGAUGAGAUGGCCACCUCUCUGCCCAAAGAGCUCGACUUCCGGGAAGAGGGGCGGAACGCAUUGCGAGCGAAAGCUUACUUCGCCCGGUUACCGCAAUACCCUCUUGUCAUACCGGAUGUCGUCUGGGCUGACCGACGGAUCCUUGUGAUGGAGUACCUUACAGGCCAUAGGUUGGACGAUCUUGCCUUCCUUGACAAGAACGGCAUAGACCGGGACGAAGUGUCUGCCGCACUUGCGCGCAUCUUCAACGAGAUGAUCUUCGGCAAGGACGCGCCUCUACACUGUGAUCCGCAUGGAGGCAAUCUUGCUAUCCGCAUAAACCCAGCCAAACGCAGACCGAGAAACUUUGAAGUAAUACUGUACGAUCACGGUCUCUAUCGAGACAUUCCUGAGUAUCUUCGCCGCGCCUACGCACACAUCUGGCUCGCCGUACUAUCGCAAGAUAUGAAAGAGAUGCGCAAAUACGCCUACGAAAUCGCUGGCCUCGACGACGACGAGUUCCCUAUUUUCGCCUCGGCCAUCACGGGACGAGACUACCGUGUCAUCAGGUCCGAGCAAGGCGUUGCCAAAGAGCGCAAUACGGAGGAGAAGCGCGCUUUCUCGGAGGCACUCGGCACGGGUGGACUGCUUGAAAAGCUUGUUCAUCUUCUUGCGAAGGUCCCAAGAGUCAUCCUGCUGAUCUUGAAGACGAACGACCUGACGCGGAGUCUGGACGAGAACCUGCAUACGCGAGAAGGACCCGUGCGGACCUUCAUGAUCUUGGCACGCUAUGCCGCACACUGUGUGUUCGAGGAGCAGAUUGAGGGGCUGGGCAGUCUUUGGUGGCCUGGGAAUCUUUGGCUGUACAGCAUUGCACUGCUUGACUACGGGCAAGUGGCGGCGAAGUUGAAGGCUUAUGAGUUGUAUCUAAGCGCGAGACGGAGGUUGGGGUAUACAUCUGUACUGGCGGGGAUGGAUGGGUUGCAGCGACGAUGA